AUGCACCCUUCUCAAACAGUUAACUCUGUUUCAUUGGCACAGUUCUGCAAAUCUGAUCUUUCACCACCGCCAUCAAAGCGAAGUCGUUGGAUGGGUAACACAAAGCAGUUAACGUCAUCCGUAUCAACCAUAGAUGAUCGUUUAGCGUUUAUGAGAAUCUGUGAGGAAUUGGAUCGAAGGAAUGUGAAGUAUAAACCGUUGAUCACUGAACCGACGGUCGGAGGUCUUUUGCUUCAAAUCACUGAGUUAGUUGGUUUGAGAUGCGUUCAUUUCAUUUCUGUAUUUGUUUCGAUUUAUAAUUUAAACAGUUUAUUACCAUAUUUAUAA